AUGGUGCAGUCCUGUUCCGCCUACGGCUGCAAGAACCGGUAUGAUAAGGAUAAGCCCGUUUCUUUCCACAAGUUUCCUCUUACUCGACCCAGUCUUUGCAAAAAAUGGGAGGCAGCUGUCCGUAGGAAAAACUUUAAGCCCACGAAGUACAGCAGUAUCUGUUCGGAACACUUUACUCCUGACUGCUUUAAGAGGGAGUGUAACAACAAGUUGCUGAAAGAGAAUGCUGUACCCACGAUAUUUCUCUGUACUGAGCCACAUGACAAGAAGGAAGAUCUUCUGGAGCCACAAGAACAGCUUCCCCCGCCUCCUUUAACACCUCCCAUUUCCCAGGUCGAUGCUGCUAUUGGAUUACUAAUGCCUCCUCUUCAGACCCCUGAUAAUCUCUCUGUUUUCUGUGACCACAACUAUACUGUGGAGGAUACAAUGCACCAGAGAAAAAGGAUUCAUCAGCUAGAACAACAAGUUGAAAAACUCCGAAAGAAGCUCAAGACUGCACAGCAGCGAUGCAGAAGACAAGAACGACAGCUUGAAAAAUUAAAGGAGGUUGUUCACUUCCAGAAAGAGAAGGACGACAUAUCAGAGAGAGGUUAUGUGAUUUUGCCAAAUGACUACUUUGAAAUAGUUGAAGUGCCAGCAUAAAAAAAUGAUGUUUGUAUUGGUUUUUAAUGGGGCAACACCACACACCCUCUUCUAGCCUAUAAAGGAGUUUCAUUUGAAAAAAUAACAAUUGAUUACUUGUAUAAAAACAAUUCAGAAUAUUUUUUUAAAAAAAUAAAUUAGAUAUAUACU